AAUUUUCCUUCUUUUUGUGUUUUAUAAAUCAAAUUGAAAAUGGGUUCUUCUUCUUCUCUUCUUUUGUUCUUCUAUAUCAUAGCUAUUCAUUCAAUACGCUGCGUUUUGUGUUCUUCUAUUUGCUCUCAUGAAGCGGAUGUAUUCUUUAAAAAUCUUCACUUUCAAUGCUCUCCUUCAACCUCUCCAAUUCCCCCUCUCAAGGUGGAUGGAAACUUCCUGGACAGAGCAUUGACUUCCAAACAGAGAAUUGGUUACACUUCUGUGCUCUUAUAUGCUUCCUGGUGCCCAUUUUCACUCAGUAUGAGCCCAAAAUUUGACAUUCUCAGUUCCAUGUUUCCCCAAUUAGAGCAUCUGGCAGUUGAAGAGUCUUCAGCUUCACCAAGUAUAUUUUCAAGGUACGGAAUUCAUAGCUUGCCGUCAAUUUUAAUUGUCAACCAGACGUCAAGGGUACGAUAUCAUGGUCCAAAAGAUCUCCCCUCAAUUGUACAAUUUUAUCAGAAAGCAACAGGAUAUGAACCAGUUCAAUAUGUUACCGAAAACGAACCGGUUAUAUCAGGAGACCACAAUAAAUAUAUGAUACAGUUGUGGAAUGAAUCAUCCUCAAUGGAGAUAGUCAAACGGGAGCCCUACUUGGCAUUUGCUGUGUUGUUUCUCUGUUUAAGAGUACUUCUAUCCAUAUUCGCUGAAUUACUAUCUUGUCUCAAGGCUUUCAGGGUUUCAUAUGCACCACACUUGAACUUGGCAAUAUUUGGUGAGAGAAGUCAAUUGUUUGGACGAGCCCUUCACAUGGUUGAUGUGAGGAGAGUUUGGACCAAACUGAGGCUAUGCAAGAACAGGAAUUUUCAUCAAGGUGCAAAGAGUGCCCGUGUUUGGGCUACUUCACUGGCUUCUGUCUCUUUGGGAGAAUCUGCUUCUGGUAGAUCCUCAUCCUCAUCCUAGGUUAGAGUUUUAUGGAAGCUGUCGAUCAGGUAGUGUAUUACAAACUUCACUCUCAUGUUAAAAUAUUAAAUUAUAUUGAUAGUGUUGAUACCUAAAGCCGUUGAGCUUGUUUGAGUUGGGUUUUUUUGGGGGGAGGAGCAAACCAACUAGCAUGUAAAUCUGGGAACAGCUUUAUUAUUUGGAGGAACAUCUUUACUUAGCACAUUAGUGGAAUGUAAGGGUAACUUUUUUUUUCUUUCUCUGAAUCUCUCCUAAUUGUUGUAGAUAUGGAUAUUUUCCCAUUCAGAAC